CCUCAGCAGUGAGAUACAGAAGCCUUGAAGGCUCAGUAGCGAACAUUUUACACGUUCUAUAGGAAAUAGGGAGAAAAAUAAGCUCGCAGACGUUCACGUACACAGCAUGCCGAGUCCUCACCGAGCACGAAGCGUUUGAGAAAUGCGUGUUUUCUGGAAUAGGCGACACAGAGUUAUAUUUUUUUGGUGCAUUUUUUUGGUUUGGGGUUCAAGGGUCACGGGAUACAAACAAGUCCGACACGCUCCACUGCAGUCUUCAGCCUUGGCUACAGUAUCAUGGGGACGUCUUUGAACCUAUAAGCAGACGAGUUUUCUGCAAGUUUACAAAAGCAAAUUUUCUCAACAAAUUUGGACACUUUCUCCCUGUCUGGCCCAUGCAUGCAGAACCGAGCAGUAGAAGAUGAUUGAGAUGUCCAUAGAGAAAGAAACUGUCGUAACAGGAGAUGGAACGGCAGCCGUUUUGAACCCGUCACCAUCCCGGAACCUAGCGGGGCACAUUAAGGCUCCGAGUCCAUCGUCUUUGGCACCAGUCAGCAUCGACACGCCGUUUAUGGCUAACAUGGUGCUAGCAGAAGUGGCUGCUAACCCAGCUUUGACAGAAGAGGUGGGACACGAUGAGGAAAUCACAGAAACGAUGCAAACAAAAGAAAACAAUAAGCUCUUGUAUGUGAAAAAUGGUAUAGAAUCUCACGCUGGGCCUCAAAAACUUGGCAAACGACGCUACAGCAUGAAUGCUGGCUUUAAGCAUCCAGGAUUUAGUAAGCGCAGACGGCGAGCUAACUCUGAGUGUGACCCAGUCUUACCCAGCAACUUCCUGUUGGGGGGAAACAUUUUUGACCCUCUGAAUCUCAACAGCCUGUUGGACGAGGAGGUGAACCGGGCGUUGAAUGCAGAGACGCCCAAAUCAUCGCCGCUUCCCUCAAAGAGCAGGGAGCCUGUCGAGAUCCUGAUCCCCAGAGACAUCACUGACCCGCUGAACCUCAGUGGCAAGGGCGGAAAUGCCAAUAGAGGCGUCCUGGUGUCGCCCUUAAAGAAGCGGCGCCAUAGAAACAGGCACCAUGGUGGCAGUGGUGGCCAUCUCGAACCCUCAGACUCUGAAAAGACAAAGGGUGUGAAGGAGGAUGGUGCUUUGUUUCCUGGACAGCAUUUAGAAGAGGAACUAGCUGAGGAGUCGCCGCAACCCUACGAACUCAACACGACCAUCAACUGCCGUGACGAAGUGGUUCCGCCCAUACUGCCACGAUCCCGGUCCACAAACUCCGCUCCACAGGCUAGAACUAAAAACUCCUCCACUCUGCAUUCCAAACACAGAAAGCGCAGACGAACAACCAGUCAUUCAGAACGCUCGUCGUCCAUCACGUCAACUCCCAUCAAUAAGCAGCUCAAUUUAGACAGAGGGCGGAGUCAGACGUUUCACACACCCAUUGUGGGUGGAACCACAGGAAGCCAUUUUGCAGCAAACCAUUGCAUGUCACAGAAAAAUCGAGGCAAACCAAGACGUGAAUACCAUUACGGCACCUAUAGCUGUUACUAUGGUUAUCAGACACCGACUCUGAACGUAGACCCUCGUCUGGCGGCGUUCAGGCCCGAAUGGUUCAGUGGGAAAAAAGUCCUGGAAGUUGGAUGCAAUGUAGGUCAUAUGACUCUCGCCAUCGCUAAGAACUGGAGCCCUGCUCACAUCCUGGGCUUGGAUAUUGAUGGCGGUGUGGUUCAUGCAGCACGACAGAACCUCCGCCACUUCCUAUCUGAGCUGCAGAAAAAGGAAGUGAGACCACAUACAUACACACAGGGGAACUCUUGCAAAGUGGAGACAAAGCGGACAUUCCCUGUUUCUUUAAGACUAUGCAGGGGUCCAAUUGCUGCUCCUCCCUUACUGCCUCCUGCCCCUGGUGUGUUUCCUAACAAUGUGUCCUUCAUGAAGGGGAACUACGUCCCAGAGAGCGAUGCGGUGCUGAUGUCCCAGAGUGCAGAGUAUGACGUCAUCAUGUGUCUGAAUGUGACGAGGUGGGUUCAGCUGAACUGGGGAGACGUCGGGCUCCAGCGACUCUUCAGACGUGUUUACUCACAGCUGAACCCCGGGGGAGUGUUUAUUCUCCAGCCACAGCCAUGGAGCUCGUACUGCAAGAGGAAGAGACUGACUGAAACGACCCACAGGAACUACAACAACAUUCGGCUCAGACCGGAUCAGUUCAGCUCCUACCUCACCUCCGAGGUGGGGUUCUCCAGCUAUGAGCUCAUCAGCACCACCAAGAGCUGCUCUAAAGGAAUACAGAGGCCGAUCUAUCUGUUCCACAAUGGCCCCGCCUCCAGCAGGAAGUCCUCCACUAGAAGAGGAAGUGACACACAGGAUGAGGAAAAAGAAACUGAGUGAAUGUUAAUGCUUCAGUGCUGCUUUAAUUAGAGACGUGAUCACUUCCACAGGACUCUGAGCCACUGUCGCAGUACACACACACACACACACACACACAGUAUAUUGAUCUUUUUAAUAAAAGGUUGUCUUGUUUCUAGCAGCUCAACAUUUGUUUGUAUUGUAAAUUUAGGCUUGUGUGUAGCUUUAACUGUAAAUGUAAAAAAGUUCAUAUAAAAUUUUCAAGCUGUUUUUUUUUUUUGAAAAGUGUUUGAGAGAAUCAGAGAAUGUAACUGCUUUUAAAGAUUUUUGUUGUAUGGAAUAAAUAAUCAAGUCUUUA